AGGCGGCCUGCGGGCCAGGUAGGAUUUCCGGGGGAAAGUACGGUGGAGGCUCCGGAGACUGCAGCAGCCGCCGGGAUGAGAGAGAUUUGACAUGUUUGAAGGUAAAGGAAAAGGAGCCAAUGGAGAGAUAGAUGUUGAAGACCUACACAAGAGAAAGGGGAGAUUAUAAAGAAGCCUUGGGAAGAAAUAAAACCUAAAGCACAUGAAGAGGAAGUACUGAGUUGAUGACUUCAGAGAGUGUUGAAGGUUUGGAAUAGCCGCCUUGGAAAAGAAACUAUAACCCACCUCCCUAAACUUGUUCACAGUGACAUGGAAGAUCCAUUUGACUUUCUUCAGAGAACCCUGGGACCGUAGAAGAAGCAGGCCAACCCACUGCAGACCCAGGUAUGGCCAUGGACAGUGGGGAAGCAGGAGAGACAACACCUCCCAUCAAGAGGAAGAGCAAAUUCUCAGGUUUUGGCAAGAUCUUCAAGCCAUGGAAGUGGCGGAAGAAAAAAAGUAGUGAUAAAUUCAAAGAGACAUCAGAAGUUUUAGAAAGAAAAAUAUCUAUGCGAAAACCAAGAGAAGAGCUGGUUAAGAGAGGGGUUCUGUUGGAAGACUCUGAGCAGGGUGGUGAGGAUCCAGGAAAAUUGGGCCAUGACAUGUUAAAAAAUGGUCAUACUACUCCCAUAGGGAGUGCCAGGUCUUCCAGUCCAGUCCAAGUGGAAGAAGAGCCAGGAAGAAUACCAAGUCUUAGGAAACCUGUUCCAGAAGAGGACCCAAAGAAGCGAAUAGGCUCAACUGGAAGCCAGCCUACUUCCGAGUCAGACUCUGUUCCUGAGAAUGCAAGCAGACCGCCUUUACUUCCCCCUAAAAGACCUUUGUCCUCUUCUUAUGAGGCACAUGAAGGGCAAGCAAAGGAUGCCACUUCCUCUGCCAUCUCCACUGCUGCCACCACCACAGCCCCUGCAGCCACCAGCCUAGCAAAGACUGUUAAUUCCUCCGUGCCCCCUUCCCCAGCACCCAGGACUCUGCCUACUGCUCCCGGCAGCUCUAACACUACUGCUACCCCAAGCCUCACUCUUACCAUCCCUGCCAAGCAGCCUCCUAUCCCGCCCCCUAAACCAGCUCACAGAAAUAGCAACCCUGUCAUUGCCGAACUGUCCCAAGCAAUCAACAGUGGUACGUUGUUAUCAAAACCAUCCCCACCCUUACCACCUAAAAGAGGCAUUCCGUCAACCUCGGUACCCACCUCAGAGUCUACUGCUGUCACCACAAAAGCACCAAGUGAUCAAAGAGAAAAGAACACCUGUUCUGUGGGCGCUGAGCCACUGCUGAUGAUCCCACCUCCCUCUCCGUCCCCCCCACUGCCUACUCAUAUACCUCCAGAACCACCACGGUCCCCUCUAUUCCCUGCUAAUAAGACUGUUCCAGUUCUGCCAGGAAGUGAGUUUCCACCUUCCUUAGAUUUACCCCAGGAGGUUCCCCAGCAAGAAGAUCAGAAAAAGGAAUUCCCCAGGAGGAUACUGGACCAGAGCUCUGGGGAGCCCCAUACGCCCUCCAGGCUGCCCCCUCUCCCACUACAUAUCCGAAUCCAACAGGCCCUGACCAGCCCUCUUCCCAUGACUCCUCCUUUGGAAGGCUCCCACAGAGCUCAGUCGUUGCUCUUUGAGAACAGUGAAAACUUCUCUGAGGGCAGCAGUACUCUGGAAAGGACCAGAUCACUUCCUGUCACUAUUGAAAUGCUGAAAGUUCCAGACGAUGAAGAAGAGGAGCAAACUCAGCUAUUUACAUUCGAUGAAGUCGUGACAUCUACCUCAGCCAUUCCUAAACUACCACGGUGUCUACAGGAAGAAGAGGAGGAGAAGGAGAGUGACUCUGAUUCAGAAGGUCCUAUUCAAUACCGUGAUGAAGAGGAAGAGGAAGAUGACAGCCAUCAUAGUGCUCUGGCCAACAAAGUCAAGAGGAAGGAUACACUUGCAAUGAAGUUGAACCACAGACCACCCAGUGAACCAGAGUUGGACAUGAAUUCUUGGCCACGAAAAAGCAAAGAAGAGUGGAAUGAAAUACGUCACCAGAUUGGGAACACACUGAUCAGACGACUGAGUCAAAGGCCAACACCAGAAGAACUAGAACAACGAAACAUACUGCAACCCAAAAACGAAGCUGAUCGUCAGGCAGAGAAACGAGAGAUUAAGCGCCGGCUCACCAGAAAGCUCAGUCAGAGGCCCACUGUGGCUGAACUACUUGCUAGGAAGAUUCUGAGGUUUAAUGAAUAUGUGGAGGUAACAGAUGCUCAAGAUUAUGAUCGGCGAGCUGACAAACCAUGGACCAAACUGACUCCUGCUGACAAGGCUGCCAUAAGAAAAGAAUUAAAUGAAUUUAAAAGCUCAGAGAUGGAGGUUCAUGAAGAGAGCAAGCAUUUUACACGCUACCAUCGCCCAUGAGGCUAAAGUCAGCAAGAUGAACUCAGCAACCCCCCAAAACAGAGUGCUUUGCUGCUCCAGUGUCCAGUGUCAUGGAGGGAAUGCCUGCACUUCUGCGUACAGCCAGAUUGAGUCCUCUGGGAUAGAGUUCCAGGGUGAACAGCACUUCUAUGAACAUAGCAUUUCACUGGAAUGCUGCCUUGGGCAAAACCAGACACACUCUGUCAGAGCUUUUGAACCUUAUCACGUUGCAGCAUAUUUGAGGUGACUUUCCUUGCCAGCUACCAACGUCUAUACCACCUGCAGGUUCCAAGUUUGAUUGGCCUCACCACAUCCUUGUUCGGGAUGAUGGCCUAUUCUCAGGCACACUUCCACUAUGAGCCUUAUCUGCCCUCUCCUGAUUGUGGGACCCACUGUGUGGGCACUGAAUUGCUGCCAUCAGAUCCAUUGGUGCUGGGGAAAACCUGGAUGCCCCAAACUUCUGGCAAAGGGCCCCCACCUGCAGGGGAAGCCGUUGUACCACGUUGGCCCUUGGCUGAAAGCGUUGCACUGUGCAUCUGGUCAUGGCAAUAGCCCUCUUGGGCAUUCCAGUCUGAGACUGUGACACAGGUCUUACUGAUUUUUUUUUUUCUCCCCCCAAAGAAGAAUGGUCUUGAAAGAAUGAUGGUAACUUAGGUCAUCCUCUCUAUUAAACAAUCUGAGCUGCAUCCAGAUUCCCAGUUGGUAAAAUAAGAAAGUAAUGUGUUUUCUGUAUACAAUAAACACCCAGAGAGACCCUUACAUUAAUACCAACUUGGAGGAAAACUAAUUCAUAGCUUGUAGCGACUCUCUGGGAGCAUGAUUCUGGGAGCACUUCACCUCUCAGUGCCCCAAACUCCAAGAGAGAAUUGCAGCAAAGUCCUAGGGACAUGGAGCACUACAUUGGAAAGGUUUUUGAAGAAACAGUGAGAAGGGUGUGAUCCUGCCCCACUGCCUCCUUCUCAGCACUGUUAGCUCUCUCCUGCUGAGCUCUCCCGCUCAGCUCAAACACUGAGCCUCCGCCAGCCACUCCCCGGCAGCUGCCACCUCACUCAGCCGUCCUCUUCCAAGUAGCCAGUGUACUGGUGCCUGGGUUUUGACUCAAUCCUCACUCUUUUUUGUAUAUGUACUGUAAGUAUGAUUUCCUAAAAUGGAAGGUUCCGUUGCUUUUCUUUGAAUUUUUAUUAAAACCCACACAGGCUCGCUCUGCCUCUGUCCCUGUGCACAGUAAGUGGUGGCUUCUAUUUAACCAAUGAAUGUGGCUCUAUUUAAUGUUCAGCUGUCUGAUAGACUACUUCUGCAAUCCCUGUUCUAUAUGUGAUGAUCAGUAGAUUUUUCUCAUUUUUUUCCUAUCAUGUUUAUUAAGAUUUACUGAAGAAUCAAGAAUAUCAGGUCAAACCAGAAAAGCUAAAAUGACCUUAAAAGGUAGUCUCAUCACUCUGUAUGGGGCCUGGGGGUGGUAUUCAGAUUUCUCUGUACCAUCAAUGCCUUACGGCUCUGGAGACAGAAUGGGACCACAUCUUCUUGAAGCUCCCUAACAAUUGAGUGACGAGGGGAAAGUAAGUGAAGUUCUAAAAUUUACUAGAGGUCUGCAGGUAAGGUGGCUGCACAUUUACUGCUAACGUCUAACCUUUCAAGUCUCGCUGAUGUGGAGACUGCUUGGCUUAAACCAGCAUUCUCUGUAGCUUGAGCUGACAUUUUCAGACAGUUCUUCCACUGCCUUUCUUUCUCUUAAUGUGCCAAGUUUGAAACAGGAUUUAACUUCCUGAGUUACUUGUCUGUUUUCUAUGUGCCACCAAGAAAUCUAGUUCAUCUUCUCAUUCUUGUUCUUUUCAAAUGAGAUGCUUUGGGAGUCAGGUCUUUUCAGGUGGUUGUUUUUGUUUUGGGGGGUUUUUUACACACACACACAUACACACACACACAAUGGAUUUUAUGUUCCUUUUCCAUGUAAGUAACAAUUCACUAUCAUAAUGUAAAGAAGAAAUAAAAACCUGAUGUAUUGUACUUCAAGAUGCUUUUCCCUGAUGUACAGAAUCUUCCUGUAAAAUAAAUAAUUACAUUGUAUA